AUGUGGUCACUCUGCAGAAAUGCAAAACAACAAAAGUUCUUUAGGUUUUAAGUGUUUGUAAAAAAGUAAAUUAUUCGAAAAACGAACAAACGGAGUGAAUGUUUUGCACUUCAAUUUGCACAUAAUUAACAUAUUGAAACGCACGCGGGGACGUGCCUUCCACACAAUGCAAUUGUGCCUCUGGUCCAUACUCAAAGUGACGCUAGCAAUUGCGUUCUAUGCGCCCAGUGAAUCUCUAGCCUAUAAAAUUGUGCGUCUUCAAGACAAUCUGUGUUCAGACAAGCUAUUCUUCACACUAGCCAAGCCAUUCCGAGGCGAUCCCACCCUUCGGCUGACAGAUGAUCACGAUUCGGCCGCAAUUAUAACCCAAACAUGGAAUGUCACAAUGCCCAGUGGUGGCCACUCGGUGAACAAGAUCAAAUACGACUGCAAGUUUCGAGUGCAGACCAAUGAGCGGCCGCCGCGGGGCAUUUACACCAUAAUCACAAGGCUCAAGCUUCGAAGCGAUCCGGUGACGAAGAAAUGCAUCGAUUAUAUUCAAUUCAGCAAUGGGAAUCGUUCGCCUAGCGAACGCAUUUGCAAUGACAUCUCAAUUGAUGGGCCAGCUGGCCGUUUGGUCUUCGAUCAGCGUGAUCGCGAUGUUCAUGUGCAUAUUUUCAUCGACGGGGAUCGACACAUUUUCGAGGAUCCACUGGAGUUGCGAAUGGUGUUGACAACGCAUUCGGAAUGUCAGUUUGCUGGCGAUUUUCUAUGCAAUCCCAAGGAUCAAUACUCGUGCAUAUCGCGACAUUUUGUACGCGACAACAUCACAAAUUGUAUGUAUCCGUGUCGGGAUGAGGGCACUUGCUUCCACGACGCCAUAAUAUCCGAAGUGGACACCACGAAUGUUGCGAUAUCGGCAAUAACAUCGCUCAUCUUCACAAUGCUUGGCGUGGGUUUUUGUGUUUGGAUCUGCUGGAAAUACUGGAAUUGCAUCACGGUGCAGCAGCAUGCCCAUGAAGCAUCUGCCGCUCGCUUUAAUCAGCGACGUGCACGGACGGACGUGCCAACUAUUGAGUUGCCGACAGCGCCGACAUACGACGGCAUGCUGACACACGAUCUGUCCCCCAAUUCGCAGGAACAUCACCAGCAACAACAACAACUGCAGCAGCCGGCAACACCAAAAGAUUUGCCACCCAGCUAUGAAUCACUUUUCCCAGACAGAUAAGGGCUGUCUACUAUAAAAGAUCGAUAGAUUGUUCCCUAUUUGUGCCAGAUCGAACCAAAAAAAACAAAGAAUACUCAUGUCAGCAAGCACUUGGGUAAUUAAUUACAAUAGGUAAUUGCAUAAUUGUCACAUGAACAAAACGAAAACGAAAAAGAAACUAGCAAAAAGAAGGCAAUGUAAAUAUGCACAUUUGUUGUAGCAUUUAGGACUGAUAAUAUGCUUUACGAGAUUCAAUUAGUUUUAGUACGAGUUUAAGGCUAUAUAUUUGUUUUAAAUGUAAGACACUCACUCGUAAAUGUGUUCAACGUCGAACAAUAUCAAGUACAACCGUAAACAUUAUAAUGUGUAUUACAUCGUAACUAUGAGAUUCCCUAUGAUAUUCGUAAUUUUAAUUUGUAUCUUUAUCCAUUUAUCUGUAUAUAUGUUUUUGUUUUAUUUUUAUACUGUCAACUGUAAGAAUAGUUCGCCUAUACUUCAAUAUUUGUAGUGUCGGAACAGAGUUCAAUCCAAUCUCAAAUAGAAUUCAUAAAAGAAAAGAAAACAAGAGCAGCAGCCACACCAAUGAAAUAUCAAGCAAUUAUUAAAUGCAAUUGUAUCAAUUAAUCAAUCGGAGAUAUGAUAGAUAGCGCAAAUUCGGAGAUUCCGUUAAACUAAUUGUAAUAUGUAUUAUAAUCGUAAAUGAAUGUGUAUUAGCUGCAUUUCGCAUACAUAGUUGUACCUGUAUAAUAUUUAUCACAUUGUACACAAACAACAACAACAACAACAUACUUGAAAUGGAAAUAAGACAAAACACUAUCUAUCUACAUACACAUGUUACAUACAUAUAGAAAGAAUACUAUGGAAAACCAAUUACGUUAUUGCGGGCCUUGUUGUCAAUUGUUAAAGCGAAAAAGAAAAACGGUUAUUUUGUAAGCUCAGCUAAAGUAUGUAUUCGAAAUAUCAAACUGCAGAACUUAACACUAGCGGUCAAUUUGUCUCAUAGCAUACUCCACACAUAUACGUAUAUAUUAUUAUCUACUACUAUAAAUAAAUCCACUUAAUGUUAAAACUCAAA